UGCAGUUGUAGCUUGCAAGGGAACUGGGUAAGCAAACUGUCCAACAAUUUGCUCAGGCUAAACCAAGAAAGCAGAGAGCAGGAGAGACUGCAAAACUGAGGAAGAAGCACAAUGAGUACUGCAGGCAAAGUAAGUAGAAAAAUCAACGCUGAGUAUUCACUGGUGCUCAUGGUCCAGAAUUAAUAUUGGAUUGCACAAAUGAUUUUUAAAGUAAUUUCCUUUUCAUUUUUUUUUUCUGUAAUUGUAAAUUUGUUUCAUGGGUAUCAGUUGAGAUUAUAUAUACUAUAUAUAGUUUUAAAAAAUGAUUCUAAAAGUCAGGGCUGAAAAGGAUAAAACUCCAACGGAGUGAUCACAAAACUUAUAAAAUUAAAAACACAAAUAGCUGGAGAAGCAACAUUCAUGGAUGCAGGGAGUUGGACGAGAUGACCCUUGAGGUCAUUUUCACCUCUAAAAUUAUAUGAUUCUAUGCGCCAGGAAGAGCCCACCGAUUUGGGAAGGAACAAGAAUGUACUGUACAACAGUAUCCAACAAACGUGUUAUGUUGAAGGCUGCUGCACUGAAAGCUCGUUUUAAGCUAAUGGAAACUUGAAAGCAAAAGGUUUUUAAAAAAGAAAAAAGAAAGAAAGCAUAGUUCAAGUUAAAAUACAAGUAGGGCAGCAAUACCUAGCCAUUGCUUAUGUUUCUACCAAUUAUAGCUGGAAAGUUAAAAUACAUGCUUAACUCAUUCUUGCUGGAAGCAAUGAGACUUCAACAGUGCUUCACUUUUGCUGGAUUGUUGCCACACUUUGGAGUUUUUAAGCUUCCCUCAUAUGAAAGCAGUGCAUACAUUAUGCCCCAAAUACCUCUUAUUUUCAUGAUCUUAUAGGCACAGCUGUCAACUUUUCCCUUUUCUUGCGAGGGAUCCUUUUUGGAAUAAGGGAAUAUCCCUUUAAAAAGGGAAACGUUGACAGCUAUGCUUAUAGGACUGAGAUUACUCUAUGUACGAGGGCUAGCAGUCUUAAUCUCUAGCAGCAAAACUCACAAGGAGUCUUGUGGCACCUUAGACUUCCAACAUUUAUUCCGUCACAAGCUUUCCUGCUGUACAGUCCACUUCAUCAUUUUUUAAUCUUCAAGGCACCUCAAAGUUCUUUGCCUAUCUUCUUCCUCCUUCCAUUGCAGCAUAGGACACUGCCCUUUGGCAGAGUCAGGCCAUCUGGUCCACCGAGCUCCACUGACCGGCCGUGGCUCUCUAGCAUAUCAGACAGGGCUCUCUCCCAGCCCCACCAGAAAAUGCUGGCAAUUGAACCCAGGAUCUUCUGCAUGCCAAACAGAUGUUCUACCACUAAGCCAUGGACCUUCCCAUAAACACAUUGAGAAAAGUAUUUCAUUUUUUAAAAAAUAUAUGUAUUAAACAAUCCAUGAAGGUGCAAAUCUGAUGGCUGUGGGUUAAAACUUUCUGGAGAGAUUUCAGCUGGAACACAUUUUUGUUGUUUAGUUGUUUAGUCGUGUCCGACUCUUUGUGACCCCAUGGACCAGAGCAUGCCAGGCACUCCUGUCUUCCACUGCCUCCUGCAGUUUGGUCAAACUCAUGCUGGUAGCUUCGAGAACACUGUCCAACCAUCUCGUCUUCUGUCGUCCCCUUCUCCUUGUGCCCUCCAUCUUUCCCAACAUCAGGGUCUUUUCCAGGGAGUCUUCUCUUCUCAUGAGGGGGCCAAAGUAUUGGAGCCUCAGCUUCAGGAUCUGUCCUUCCAGUGAGCACUCAGGGCUGAUUUCCUUAAGAAUGGAUAGGUUUGAUCUUCUUGCAGUCCAUGGGACUCUCAAGAGUCUCCUCUAGCACCAUAAUUUGCAGAUGCACCAUAAUUCACAUAUGCAGAUAUUAAGCUCACAAUGAACACCACCUUUUAUUUAAAUCCUACCUAUUCCCCAAGGAGCUAAGGGAGGUGUGUACGGUUUUCUUCCCGUUGCUCCCAUUAUUCUUCUCUGUAACCUGGAGGAAGUUUAGACUGAGAAAGUGAGAAGCCCAAUGUUUCAGGACUCCCAAUGGUGAGAGUUGUUGUGGCUGGACUACAACUCACACUGUUUGCUACCUUUGUGUCUAAGCCUUAUACUACAGACUCUUAAGCCAGGCCUCUUAUAUUUCAGUUCCGAGGCAGCUACUCUUUGCUCAAAUAAUUUAAAGCACAAUAUGCCUGUUUUAUUAGAAACGGUUGAGUAUUUUCCUGAAUGCACUGCCAAGAAACACAAUUUUCUUCAAUAAAUACACAGAUAAGGCUUUCUUCUACAUAUAUAAGCAGAACUUCACAAUGUGGAAAUAAACUAAAGUAUAAGGAAUGCACACACCACUGAUUUUUAACAAGAAUACUUAAGGAUAUUCAACAUCUCAAUUUGGAUCAUGGAAAUGCUUCUGUACUUCCACAGACCUCUGUUAUUCCUCUCAUAAACUCAGUGGGUUGUAUCUGACAGAAGUAAUACAGUAGUGCCUUGCAAGACGAAAUUAAUCCGUUCCGCGAGUCUCUUCGUCUUGCGGUUUUUUCGUCUUGCGAAGCACGGCUAUUAGCGGCUUAGCGGCUAUUAACGGCUUAGCGGCUUUAAGACAAAGGAAACAAACUCGCAAGAACUCGCAAGACGUUUCGUCUUGCGAAGCAAGCCCAUAGGGAAAUUCGUCUUGCGGAACGACUCAAAAAACGGAAAACUCUUUCGUCUUGCGCGUUUUUCGUCUUGCGAGGCAUUCGUCUUGCGAGGUACCACUGUACUCGGAAUAGACCUGUUGAAUUAAGUGGAUCCGCCAAGUUAGUCAAAUGGUUCUCCUUAGACAGUUGGAUACAAUUCAAUAAAAGGAAUAUACAAAAAGUUGUAUUUCUUCACACUCUAUUAUGAACAAAUACCUAUGGCACUUUUUAUCAUUUAAUUCAACGAACCAUUUAACUAGGAGACUCUAGUAAGUGGUUUGUGGUAUUCAGUAGUUCUGGAUUCCCAAAGGUAAUGUUGCCUACAAUAACAGCAGACAUGCUUUAAAAAAAAGACUAAUUUUCCCAAAGACAGAAUGUCAGAUAGAUGAUACAUAUUUAGUGGUGUGGGGAUUGCUUCACUAUUACAGAAUGUCCUGCCAAGAAGCAGUUUUCUGCAAAAGAGAUAAAGUAAAUGAACUGAUACUGGAUGUUGUUUAGGCAGCUUUUACUGGUUGUAUUUAAAUGAGGUUACUAAAAACAACAACACACCACCACAUUUAUUGCAUUUGCCAGAUAUGAAAUUCCAGUGUAAAAUAUGUGCUGGCAAGAAUAUUCAUCAUCUCAUUUGAAAAUACCUCCCUUCUACAUUCUAUUCUACGUUAAUAGUAUUGCCAAUGACACGUUCCAGGCUAAAAGUUGUUUUAGCAUCACUUUAAAAAAAACCCCACAAAAAACACCAACAGAAUUUAUAUCACACCUUUUUCGUAAUGAGCAUGUCAAUAUAAAAUAUAAACUGGGCCAGCAGGCCAGAGGUUCUCCAUACCUAAAAGGAAGAGAUGCAGAGGUCAUAGGAUGAAGGGAAGGUAGGAGCAAGCUUCCAGCAGCUGCUCAGCUGUUAUUCAUUGUGGUUUCUCCAUUCCUAUGCUAGGCAAGGUUUGCCAACAGGGUGCCCAUGAGUGCCUACUGGUACUUCCUAUGGCACUUGCAAAAGGUCUCAAUGAAAAUAUCCUCAAAAAUCUACAAUGCACAAGAGACUAUUUGCUCUUCCUGCUCCUGUCUUCACUGGUUGGACCUUUCUGACGUUGAACAUAGACUAGAAGACCUCAGAUGUCCAUCUUCCAGCUAUGAUCUAAGGUGCCUCAAGUGUAACACACAAUAACAAAAGUGAUUUGAUAUCUUCUAUCAUCUUGACAGGUCAUUAAAUGCAAAGCAGCUGUUGCUUGGGAAGUUAAGAAACCUCUGAGCAUUGAGCAAGUGGAAGUAGCUCCUCCGAAGGCUCAUGAAGUUCGCAUUAAGGUAAACGAGACAUAUCACGUUGAUGCUACAUGGACUGAAGACUCAUCCUUGCAAUGUUGUUCUUUGUUUAUUGAAAAACACAAGAUAUAGUUCAAAAUGUUACAGUUACAUAGCAUUUAUGAAAUCAAAUUCAGGAAGUCACAGUCUACAUUAGAGAUAUAAAAUGCUCUUAAUAAAGAGCAUAUAACAAGACUUCACACAUUUGAUGAUGUAAUGGUGGUCUUUGAUAGGCCACGAGUUUAACCAAGGUAAACAGACCCUUUAUUUUGUAUAUAUCUUUAAAGCACAUUCAAAGCACAUUUUUUCCCCUCAAAGAAUUCUGGGCACUGUAGUUUGUUAAGGAUUACUCGGAAUUGUAACUCUGUGAGGGGUUAACAACAGUGUCCAGAAUUGGAGGGGGGAAAUGUGUUCUGAAUGUGUAUACAGCCUUAGACAUUCCAUUUUCCCUUGCUUGCCACUGUUUUAGCAAAUAUUAUCAUUCCAGUUCCUAAGGAGUACAUCAUACAUAUUAAAUGGGUUUAGCAAAAAAAUAAAAUAAAAUAAUACAAGCAUGCAAGGUUAUCUAACUGUUGGUUUCAUCAUUUGCUGUAGGGGAAUCUGAGUUCCUUCAACCCUUCUGUGAACAUUUUUUAUUCAAGAGCCUUGAGCAAGGAUGGUGAACCUGUGACCUUCCAGAGAUUGUUGGACUCCAGUUCCCAUCAUCGCUGACUAUUGUCCAUACUGGCAGUGUCUGAUGGGAGCUGGGAGUCCAACAACAUUUGGAAGGUCACAUGUUUUUCAUCUCUAGGCUGCAAGAUGUUGUUCCACAGGUAACAGCCAGGUGCUAAAAGAGUUAUCAUGAAAUAUGUUAAUAUCUAACGUCCAAACAGGAAAAGAACACAAUGAUUUCUCCUCUCCUGAAGCACAAUUUUGUUUCUGUGCAGAUUCUGGCCACAGGGAUCUGUCGCUCAGAUGACCAUGUGAUCAGCGGUGCCUUUGCUAUGCCUUUUCCGAUUGUUCUGGGCCAUGAAGCAGCUGGUGUUGUAGAGAGUGUUGGAGAGGGAGUGACUUGUGUGAAACCAGGUAUGAAGAGUGGGGGGUGAGGGCUUUCACAUGAGACCCUGAGGGCUACUUCUCACAUGAUAACACUUGUGGCCAUCGGUGUCUCAGCUGAAGAAGGUGUUGCAAAAUUAAUAUUUGCAAAUCACAGUGUAAACGUUUUUGACCUGUGCAAGCAAAUAGAAGGUUAACUUUGCACUAUGCAAAUUGUCCAGUUUAUGAUGAAUAUGUGUGGUUUUUUAAAAAAAUUAAGUUUUAAUACAGUUCUUUGAUGACACUGCAGUCCUUCUUCCCAGUGUUGUGUUACUUAAGUGGCUGCUGAGUUGUGCUUUCCUACAUUGUUAUGGGGUCUCAUGUAAAAGUUUUAACUAUUUGUGUAUUUUCUUCUACAGGAGACAAAGUAAUCCCCCUCUUUGUUCCACAAUGUGGAAAAUGCACUUCUUGCCGAAGUACCAAAGGGAACCUCUGUUCUGAACAUGAGUGAGCUUCAGUUUAUUAUUAUUAUUAUUAUUAUUACACAGUUUUUCUGACAUAAUUUAAUGGCUGUUGUUUAAAUUAAAACAAAGGGAAAGAGGCAGGAACACAAGGUAGUGUUCCAUCUCCUUAUAUUAAUCAGAGCAGUUCAUUUUUUAAAAAGGAACUACUUUUUUUUUAAAUUAAUUGUGUUUAUACCCCACCUUCCCGCCAAAGGUGGUGUACAUGGUGUACUCCUUUCUCAUUUAAUCCCCACAACAACCCUGUGAGGUAGGUUAGGCUGAAAGGCAGGGUUUGUCCCAAGGUCUUUGUGUUUUUCCCAGUGGGCUUUGUGGCUGAGUGGGGAUUUGACCCUGGUUUCUCCCAGGUUCUAGGCAAAACUCUAGCCACUACACCACACUGCCUCUCAUCUAAUUCAUCUUCGGUUCACUCUGUGUAGUUCAGAGAUUUUUGAGUCAAUUCAGUGAACUUUGUUAAACUAAACUAGUUCAUUCCAAGCACUGGUACUGAUUCACUUUGUUCUUCACCUGCUUCCAUUGGGCACUAUAGCCAGUAUUUGGCACUGCCUCUGAUAGAAGCUUCCCUCCCGAUACAAUAACGAUUUAGAGGAGGAUUUUCCUCAAGGAAAGAGUUAACCCGAACUACAAUAACUGUUAUAUACACACAACCAGGUGGUGCUAUUUGCAUUUUAAGAUGCGCAUUAAGGUCACAUCUAUUCCCCCCCCCCCCCCAUUUCUGCCUGUCUCUUUUCAACAGCCUCAGUGAGGCUCGUGGAUUAAUGCUCGAUGGCACCAGCAGGUUCACCUGCAAAGGGAAAAGCCUUCAUAAUUUCAUCAGCACCAGUACCUUCACGGAAUACACUGUGGUACACGAAAAUGCAGUGGUGAAAAUUGAUGCUGCUGCUCCUUUGGAAAAAGUGUGUCUGAUUGGCUGCGGGUUUUCCACCGGUUAUGGUGCAGCCGUUCAAACAGCCAAGGUGAGUUCUAGUAGAGCACAAGUAUAUCCGCUUCUUAGCUCAGUGCUUUUCAAAAGGUGUGGCAUGCCACAUUGGUGUGGCAGGAGAGGAUGCCAAGGGCAGAGGGAAGAUUCAAGGACAAUCAAAGAAACAUUUAAGCAUUUCAGUAUAGUAUAGUAUAGUAUAGUAUAGUAUAGUAUAGUAUAGUAUAGUAUAGAGUCAUACCUCAUGUUACGUUUGCUUCAUGUUACAUUUUUUCAGGUUGCAUCCUGUGGUGACCCAGAAGUACCGGAAAGGGUUACUUCCGGGUUUCGCCCCUUGCGAAUGCGCAGAAGCACUAAAUUGUGCUUCGCGCAUGCGCACAAGUGCAAAAUCGCACCGCGCACCUGCGCAGAUACGGAUCCCAUUCGCAACCAGAGGUACCACUGUAGUAUCAAAAUAUGGGGGAGGGGAUAUACAAACAGAAGCAGUAUCCACACCUCUCUUCAAAGAGCAUUGGCUAUUCUUCUACACAACAUAUUGUUCUCCACAGCAUAUUGGUGUGAACAGGCAUUUUCAACUCGGACAAAUAUGAAUGAUCAGGAAAGCGAAAGGCUUCAUUGUGUAGAUGAGAGGACAUGAGUUUGUUUGUCUCAAAUUAGACCUAAUAUAAAUGAAAUUACCUGGCCAAAGCAAGCUCAUACCUCUCAUUGACUUUGUGUACAUAUUUUGUGUAUACAUGUAAGAGGCUCAUUUAGAAUUAGAGUCUAUGUUCUUAUGUAGCUGCAUUGUUUUAUACUUUCUGGAUGUCCCAUGAUCAUCUUAUAAAGUAGUUGUGUUCUAUGUUAUAAAUCAAGCACUGCUAGGAGUUGUUUCUUUUUGUUUUCCAGUGCAUUUCUUAUCAAUAAAAAAAAAAAACCAGUGUGGCAUGAGCAAAUUUUUAUUCUUAAAGUGUGAUGCGGAGAAAAAAGUUUGAGAACCACAGGCUUAGAUGCAAAUACAAUUAUUUGUGUUUUCCUUGACAGAUUGGUCUGCUCAGUUCUGCCAUUUACCUACCAUUUGUAUAUGAGUCAGGGUGCAUUUGUCUUGCCUCAUCCCUUGUUCCCCUGUUCAUUUCAUCCCGAGAUGAAAAAUAAUGUAAAGCAGCUGAUCAUCAUUAGCAUUCCAUACAAUGUGUCCUUUUUUGUCCCAUCUCAGGACAGCAGUGUCUUGCCUAAUUAGCUGUCACAGCAAAGAGACAGAGCACAUGCUGCUGUCACCAUAGGUAUGUCAAGCUGUCCCCUUGGACCAUUAUCUCCAACAGUCUUGAGAAGCUGUUUUUACUGAGCCAAAACAGGUGUUCUAAAAUCAAGGUAUAGAGCCCUCUGAUGUGUUCUAGGUAUCAUGUAAACCUGGAUUUCAGGAACCAAAGUCUGCGAAUUACCAUUUCAAGGGAUGGAUAGCCCUGAGACCAAUCCAGAAUACAUAACACACAAAGGAUAGCUCCAUAUUUUACACUUUUUGUACCACACAUUAGAAGGACCAUAUUUCAGAGGGUACAGCUCCUUAAAUGCCCCUUAUUUCUGAAAUUCUAAGCUGGUCCCUACUGGAAGGGACCAAAAAGCCAGGUGAAUUAGCAGAGCAGGAUGGAAACAGCUCCCUGCCCACCUAUUGCCCCAACCCUGUUUUGAGAAGUUAAAAUACAUAUUUUUUCCACACCAGUAAAAUUGUCUUCUGAACAAAAGCUGAAAAGUAUGCUACACUGAGAUAUACUAGGACUACCGAGCUGUGCAACAAUUUUUUUUUGAUCUUAUGGUUUCCUAGGUGGAGCCUGGUUCAACCUGUGCUGUUUUUGGUCUGGGAGGAGUUGGUCUCUCAGCCGUCAUGGGCUGCAAAGCAGCUGGAGCAUCCCGGAUCAUCGGGGUCGACAUCAACAAGGAUAAAUUUCCCAAGGCUAAAGAGAUGGGAGCCACGGAGUGCGUCAACCCUCUGGAUUUCAAGAAGCCCAUCAAUGAAGUGCUGUUUGACUUGACUGAUGGUGAAGGUGUAGACUACUCGUUUGAAGUGAUUGGGCGUGUUGACACCAUGGUAUGUGACUUCAGAAACUGGACUGCCAAAUAGUGCCCAUAAGGCAGAAUUAAAAUAGCCAACCUGGGGAUAGAUCAGUACAGUCAGGAGUAUUGAUUGAGAAAGUCCUGGGUGAACAAAUACGUGGCAAAAUAUAAAAUUGGUUGUGGUGCAUGACUGAUGUCUGAGGGUAGGCUGUGCCACAUGAAAAGGGAUGGAGGAGAAAUUUGAUUCGGUAUGCAUCUAAAGCUGAAUGUCUCAGAUUUGCAUUUUCUAAAACAUUAUGCAAACAGAAACACAGCUCUCCUUCAAAUUUGCAUUUCUCUGAAUUUUGCAGUGCAGUUUUCCAACCAAUGUUUAGAAAAAUGCAUGUAUUAGGGGAAAGUGUGCAUCAAAAUGAAGAUAUUGGGGAAAUAGCAUAUAAAUAUGCAUUAUAUUAGGGGAAAUGGCUUGCAAAAAUUGAUCAAAACUGUAUAUAAACCUGUUUUUAUUAGGAGAAAUUAGCAGCAAAAUGUCAGUGGAUUUACAUGAGGAUUUAAAAAAUGAAAUAAACCAAAAUGUAGAAAAGUGUGGGAAAAAUGAGAGACUGGCAGAUACUUCCAUACCAAGAUAUUACUGUAAAUUCCCUCUUCCAGGUGAUUCAAAUCCCUAGUCUGACAUUACACUUACAGUUGCCUAUCACAUCUCUCUCUCUCUGAGCUGAGCUGAGCUGAGAACAGUAUUCCAAAAUUCUGGGAGACACAACAUCCAAAGGACAAUUACAUUAUGAUUCACACGGUAGUCUUGGAGAUGCAGAUCAGGUCAAAAUACAUCAGAAUUCUUAGUCACCAAAUCUUUCGAGCAUCCCUAUCUACAAGAUUCAAAGAGUACAUUUUUCAAGGGAAAGAGAAGAAAAACAAUAAUGAAAGCUUUGACAUUCAGAUGCUUUGGGAUUUUUAACCAUUGUCCCAUUUUACUAUUUAGGCCAGGGGAGAGCUUUUAUUUUGUCAUCACCACAUUUUGUAAAUGAAACAAAUAAUGAAAUGCCAUGUCUUUGUGUCUUACCUCAGACGGCUGCCCUGGCAUCGUGCCACAGCAACUAUGGGACCAGUGUAAUUGUGGGAGUGCCUCCUUCCACCUCUACAAUUGCUGUUGACCCGAUGUUGCUUUUCACAGGCCGUACCUGGAAAGGAUCUGUUUUUGGAGGUAUGAUUGUGGGCUCCCCCCCCCCAAAAAAGCAUAUUAAUUCCAUGUAUGCAGGUUAAAAUUUUGGAUAGUUUCAUGUCCACAAAAAAGGGAUAAUUUUGGACAUGGCGGUGAGUUUCUGAGUGUGCUUUGGGAUAGUUAAUGCAGAAAUGUACAAACUGUACCUCCAAACCCAGGAACAGCACACAACUGAAUCCUGUUGUCAGCUGCCAAUGACAAGAGUUCCACUGGCAUACUUGAUAGCUCCCCACUUCUCAGUACUAAUUCAAGCUUCUCUUGGAGGUUCUUAGAGUUGGGAAGGAGGGUGGGGUGAGAAACAGUGAACUGCUGGAUCCAGGAACAGGCUGUCCAGUUCGAGUGGGAGCCUGAACGGUCGCAGGGGAAGCAGUCUAAAGUCCAAGCCAAGCAGAGAGCAUUCAGAACUUUGGACAGCUCCAAGACAGUCGCAAGAGAAGUUGUCCCUGCAGUGAGUUAGAGUCAGAUGAAGCCUUAUGACCAAAGCUGGACUGUAGUGGGCUCCACUUCCCAGGAGGAGCUGGCUGGCUAGUUAUUUUGUAUUAUUCGGCUUAUUCAAGACUGGUGAGACAGAGGUAAAACAAGGAACUUAUCCUGAGUCAGAGGAGGCCGACAGGCAGUAGUGUGAUGGAGGACCAUAGUCUUACCUGAUGUCUGGCAGGUGAGUCAUUGCUUCUUACCAAGAAGGGGAAGUGGCAAUGAGGUCAGCAUGGUUUAAAUGCACUAGUGUACCCAAAUCAAUGCACUUACCAGCCUUUGCACUGCUCUGCCUUCCCUUCUGGUUUGUCCCUUCCCUUCCUGGUAAGCAGCAGCAACUCACCUACCAAGAGACUGGGUAAAUGUAUCUGUGCCACCAUGCCAUCUGCUACUGGCAGCAUGGCUGGGGCCGCAACAGUCCUGGAUAAGGGCUCUAGUGGCUCUUUCUCAAGGAAGCAGGAGUCCUUUGCAGUAAAACUUCAGGGAAAUAGUUUCACAGUUUGUAUUGCUCUUAUUUCCAUGUUGCAUUUUGCCUGAUAUUUCCCGGUUUGCUGGUUUUCAGGGUGGAAGAGCAAAGACUCUGUCCCCAGACUGGUUUCUGAUUUCCUGGGGAAGAAAUUCAUCUUGGAUCCAUUAAUAACCCAUACACUACCUUUUGAAAAAAUCAAUGAAGGAUUUGAAUUGCUCCGGGCAGGAAAGAGGUGAUUCUUUUUUCUUCUUUCUUAGCUGUACUUUUAAAUACCUUCUCCUUGACUAUGGGGUACAGUUUGUGGGGCUACCUGCAGAUUUCCAAUCAGGCAAGACUAACUGGGGCGAAUGGAAGCCUCCAUGUCAGUUGCUGCCUCCACACAGGUGAUGGGUUUGGGAUGAUGUCUGUAAGUUCCAUAGCAGAACAUCCAAUUUGCAUGUGUAGGUUCGGUUUACAAUCUUUCAAAAAAGGAUCAGGUGGCAUAGCAGGAAAAAGCCCCCUGUCUGGGGCUCUGGAAUAGCACUGUCACUAGUCAGAGAAAAGACUACUGGGCAAAAUGAUUAUUUUUAUUAUUUAUAUACAGGCAACCCCCCCCCCCAUUUACCUGGGGGUUGUGUUCUGAGACACUGUGCAAAUCAGUGAAAUUGCAUAUAUUUGAAACACCAUUGGAAAAGCCUGCAAACAUCCCGUUUCUGACAUUUUUGUGAUGUUUUUGUGUCACUUCUGGGUUUGGCGCAAUGCACAUGUGCACAGUUGCACACAUAUUGAAUGGGGGGUUGCCUGUAUUGAUAUCGCUUACUUGACAAAAUGGCUUCUAAGGGGUUUACAAACCAAUUAUAGAAUAUCUCUUUACACCUAAUUAAAAUGCACAAUAAAAUAAAUGCAUUAAAAUGGUUUAUCAGUUAAGCAGCACUGAAAUUAUUAGAUCCGGAGCUUCAGGUCUGGAGAUCAGGAGGUUUGUCUAAAGAGAUGCAUCUUCACGAGGCAGCAAAAUGCCAGAACCUAUGGGGUGUCUCGUAUUUCAGCAGGCAGAGCGUUCCACAACACUGGUUCUACCAGUGAAGAAGCCUGCCUGUGUGUUACAACAAGGUGAUUAUCAUCAGGUCAUGGCCAAACUAACCAGGUUCCGAUGGAUGGACAAACAGUCUCACCUGUGACAAGGCAGCUGCUUCUGCUUAUGUGACACCUGGAAGUUCUGCUGUCAUUGCUGUCACCACCACCUAUCUGCUCCUGCGGCCACCUGCUAUACCACUACCCUGUGCCCCAUUGCAUCCACUGCUGGCAAGAAGCACUGUCACCGCUGGUGCCAAUUUCAGGCAAGAUCUCACCCAAAAUGGGCGCCGUCUUGCCUCAAAUCGGUUCUGCUUCUCUGCCACUGGUGGAGGUGGUUGGGCAGGCGGGGAACCCAUGGGUAUGCUGCUUGGGGGGCUUUUGCUGCCUGAGGCAGUGGCCUCGCACUACCUAAUGGCUGGGCCCUUUCUGAUUGCAUGUGGACCACUACCAUGUGCACAAGACAAACAUCCUUGACUCUUCUCUCUCCCAUGAGAAGAGUCCCGUUGGAUCAGGUCAAAGGCUCAUCAGCAGAUUGUUCUCAUACUGACCAACCAGAUGUAUAUGGGAAACCAUAUUGGCAAAACCUAUUGGAGUUUCACAACUUUCUGACUAGUUGCAGGACCUUAGCCAGACCUAGCAGAGUACACACAGAAUUCACGGAAGCAAUUGGCGACUUGGCUGCAGACAGGAUAGACGAAGCAGGAACCAGGAACUUGUAGUUAGGUCUUUAUUAUAUGCAGUGGACUAUUUACAGGAACAGAACACAGAUCUUAUGCUAGCUCUCCCUGACACGACUCACAACUUCUACACUGACACAGAACUCUGAACUCAACCACUGAACACACACAUUCCAGUUAGUAGGCCAUUAAUUAUCACUCCCUUGAGAGAGCUUGACCAAUCAGGGAGCCUCUGUUAUCACCAGGUGGACUUACUCCUUCAGAUUGCCUUCUGGCUGUCUGCCAAACCUUAACUGAUUCUGCGUGAGUAGCUGCACAUACACAGUUUCCCAACAGUAAGCAGUAUUUGAAGGUAUACGGCCACCAGCAGUGGAGGCAGAACAUAGACACCAUAGCUAGUAGUCACUGAUAUACUGCAAAGGCAGGUUGGGAAAGUACAGGAGACAGUAAGAUUCUAGCAGCUCUCUUUGAGUACCUGGGAAGCAAGGCUUAUCAGAAUCAUAUAUAUAUUGUUUUUUAUGUUUCAGCAUCCGCACUGUCUUGACAUUUUAAUAUCUUGGGGUGAGAAGAAGGAUGACAGAGUGAACAAUAGAGGAAGCUACUACUCCCAAUGUCUAUAAUCAAUAUGAGUGCUAAGUUUGUUUAUGUUUUCAUUUUCUUCUCUUCUGUCCUCAUGUUUGCUUAAUGGACCAAAUCUGAAGAGGUUUGCUUUCUCUCUAGCUAAGGAGUUGAAAACAUGUACAUGCUUGAGAGCUUAGUUGACCAGGUGAUGGCCAAAGGUAAUCUAAUACUUUCUUUUGGUAAGGUAUUUUCUGCACAGUAGCCUCUCUGUGCUUCCAAAUAAAUGAAAACUACUGCAAACACAGUUCUCAAGUUAUCAGGUGUUAAGGAGCUUGACAUAAUAUUGAGUUUCUUACUGUUUUCAAAAAAAACAUAAUUAUGACUUUCAUUUCCAGCCAGAGAAUGACAUGUUAUAUUGGACUAACCUAUAUUAAAAAUACAUCAUUUUAUCCAUUUGGCAUUUGAGUAAGAUUUCAUGUAAACUCUCUUUCUGAUCUAGAAAUGGCUUAUAGGUGAAGAACUCAGAUGCAUGUGUAGAAUUUCUCCAUGUACAAAAGCUUUCCUUUGAGCACUAUUUGUGCAUGCAAAUGGAUGCACGUGCAAUUUAGUUCUCCAUUGAUAAUAUGCAUUUUACAUGAAUGGGAUCUCACCAGAAGAGCUCAAUGUAUGCAUCUGAGUACUCGGAAUGGCCAUCUGGAUCAGAGCAAUUGUUGCAUCUAUUUCUAUAAAGCACCUUUCAUCACUCGGAGCUGUAUACAAAGUGCCUUAAUUUAGCAGUAUCUACAUUAAUUAUACAAAUUGUUUCAAGGGCGCAGUAAAGUCUAGCUAAAGUUUUUUAAUUGCCAGUAAAAAAAAGUGCUACUAUAAAUCACAUUACAAUAGAUUAUACUUACGGUAAAAUAACUAUAUUUCUGUUUCCAAAGGCAAAGCCGGUACUAGAUAAUCUUUUAAGUGACUUGUUAUAUAUAGAGAGAUGGGUUAGGCACCAGAUUAAGUCAUGGGACACACAGGUUCUCAUAAUGGAAGGAAUUCAACCUUGUGCUAUUAUGAUUGUUCUGACAGUGGAAGCACUUCUUGCUUGCCAGAUGGAAUAACCCCCCUCCCUCCCCCUGCACUUUUCUAGGGAUUUAUCCUGAUGCUCCAGAGUGAAUUUUGAGAAGGUGCAGAGGAGGGUAAAUUGCUAGCAGAUACCUUUGUCCUGGUUUCCGCUAUUGUGUCCGUUUAGUUGAAUCCAGACCAAAGUUCUUGCUAAUUCCCAUCUCAGCAUGUGAUAAAGUCUAUGAAAGAAAGAUGUGGCCUAAUAGCAGGUUAUCAUUUCUGAAACUUUUGUUGCUAUCAGCUGCAAGGACUUUGCUUCCAGUAUAUUGAAAGGGGGCCUCCUUAUGUAUUGGCUUAGCUGCCGAGAACUUAUGGGAUGUUUAUGAAAAUGUCGGGUGGCCACGUCCCCAGUCUCCCCUGCCAUCUGUAUAUUGACCCUAAGUUUGCCAAGAGAUGAGUUAAGAUUGUAGUGACAGUUUGUAUUAGAACCCAUGCAAACUUAGGUGUAGCCUGAUUUUACCUUAUUGUUUACCUUUCUACCAUUGUCUCUGCUCUUUGAUGUGUCUUUUUUUCCCCUUGGCGUGUAUAUGUAAUCAAUAAAACAACUUUCCUGUAUUCAGCUGGC